UAACAAUGUGGUAACGCUUGUCCGGCCGGUAAAACGCCACAUCAGUUUUUCGCCUUAAAUUUAAUUAAGACUUCGGUAGAGUACAAAAAAUAAAGUGAAUUAAUUCAACAGGGAGUGAUUAUUAAGUCCGAAAGUUGUUAUAAUAAGUUCGACAUGUUCACGUAAUAGAAGAACUUACAGAUACAUUCAUAGCUGAAAAUGUUACGUUUUGUGUGUGUAUUGCUGCUGGCAACUGCGACGUUCACGCUGCUGUCGCCAGCUGGUGUUUCGGUGGGGGCUACUGAGUCCAGUCAAAGUUAUCCAAUUACCACUCUCAUUAAUGCCAAAUGGACACAAACGCCACUGUAUUUAGAACUUGCCGAGUAUUUGGCGGACGAACAGGCAGGUCUCUUCUGGGACUAUGUGCAAGCUGUAACGGCAUUGGACACGGCGCUCAACGAUUAUGAUACGGAGUCGCAACAGUACAAUGCCGCCUUGCAGUUGGUGCGCUCGCAUGUGAGUACACCACAGCUGCCACUCCUUAAGCUGGUCGUCGCGAUGCACAGUUUGACGCCACGCAUCCAAACGCACUUCCAAUUGGCCGACGAGCUUCGUGCAGCUGGGGCCUGUGAGGGCAGCAUCUUCGCACAGGUGGGCACCGAGCUCGCCUGCAGCUAUGCGGAGCUGGAGCAAAAGCUGAAACUCCCAGUUGCCAAAAGCAGUCUGGAUGCUGAUGUGGCCAGCUACAGCUUUGAUCAUGUGUAUCCUGGUAGUGAGAACAACACCCGUACUGUGGUGCUCUAUGCUGAUUUGGGCACUGCCGCAUUUCGACCAUACCACAAGCUACUGGAAACCGCUGCAAAUGCUGGUAAAGUGCGAUACCUGCUGCGGCAUCACCUGGGCAAGCGAAGUGAUCGGCCCGUGCGUUUAUCGGGCUACGGUGUGGAGCUACAUUUAAAAUCCACGGAAUACAAGAGUCAGGAUGAUGCGCCUAAGCCGGAGGCUGGCGCUGGCAAUGGUGAUACAUCAGAGGAAUUAAACGAAACGGAUGUGCAGGGUUUUGAUUUCAAGCUACUUAAAGCCAAGCAUCCCACGCUUAAGCGUGCACUGGACCAGCUACGCCAACGCUUGCUCCAGGGCAACGAUGAGAUUGCUCAACUAAAAGCUUGGGAAUUCCAAGACUUAGGACUACAGGCGGCCGCAUCCAUAGCCGAGAUACAGGGCGACGAGGCACUGCAGAUACUCCAGUAUACGGCGCAUAAUUUCCCAAUGCUGGCGAGGACACUGCUCGCCCACAAAGUCUCUGAUGAGCUUCGCGCAGAGGUGAAGCACAAUUCCGAAUCGCUGGGACGCAGUUUGAAUGUGUCGCCGCCUGAUGGAGCUUUGUUCAUAAACGGAUUAUUCUUUGAUGCGGACACCAUGGAUCUGUACACCGUAGUGGAGACGUUGCGCUCGGAGAUGCGUGUGCUGGAGAGUCUCCAUGGCAACAAUGUGCGUGGCCACUUAGCUAGCGCAUUGCUAGCUCUGGACUUGAACAGUGCCAACAAAAAAGAGUUUGCCAUUGAUAUCAGAGAUACGGCGGUGCUGUGGAUCAAUGACAUCGAACAGGAUGCGCAGUACAGACGCUGGCCGCCAUCCGUGAUGGAUCUGCUGCGUCCCACAUUCCCUGGCAUGUUGCGCAACAUACGCAAGAAUGUCUUUAACCUGGUUCUCGUUGUGGAUCCACUGCAGCCAGAAGCGCGCAGUGUCAUCAAGUUAGCCGAAUCCUUUGUAAUACACCAAGCGCCCAUACGCCUAGGCUUGGUCUUCGAUGCCCGGGCCAUGGAGGAUAGCACUGCUGCCGAUUAUGUGGCCAUUGCGUGUGCGUUCAAUUAUGUGAGUCAGCAAAAGGACGCUCGCGCCGCCCUUAGCUUCCUCACGGACAUCUAUGCGACAGUGGGCGAGACAGCUGUCGUCACCAAGAAGCACAUCAUCAAGCAGCUAACAAAGGAGUUUAGCUCACUGAGCAGCAGCAAGGCCAACGAGUUGCUUGGCGAGGACUCCGACUACGACUAUGGGCGACAGCUCGCUGCAGAGUUUGUGCAGCGCCUGGGCUUCGGUGCAGUGCGUCAGCCGCAAGCACUGCUCAAUGGCGCCCCCAUGCCAAGCAAUAUCAUCAGUGCGGACAGCGACUUCGAGGAAGCCAUUUUCACGGAAAUCAUGAGCCAGACAACGGUGCUGCAGAAGGCCGUAUAUCGAGGCGAGCUGACCGAUGCGGAUGACAUAAUCAAUUACCUGAUGAAUCAGCCGCAUGUGAUGCCCCGCCUCAAUCAACGCAUUCUCAACCAGGAGGAUGCCAAGUAUUUGGACAUUAAUGGUGUGGCCUCCAAGCAGUUGGGCAAUGUUGUAGCGCUCAACAAGCUCUCGAAUCGCGAUAUGACUGCCACGCUAAUGGCCAAUCUGAAAUACUUUGGCGGCAAGAAGAGCUCGGAGCGUAUUGGCAGCGCCUCAUUGCAGUUCCUAACGCUCUGGGUGUUUGCCGAUCUGGAGACUGAUGAAGGUCGCUCAUUGCUAAUCCAUGCACUGGAGUAUGUGCGUAGCGGUGAGAGUGUGCGAUUGGCAUUCAUUCCCAACACGGAGGGCAUUAGCGAUAAACGAAGUCUGAAUCAUUUGGCCUGGGCGGCUAUGCACUCGAUGGAGCCAGCCAAGGCAACGGAUCAGGUGUUCAAAUGGCUGCGGGGGAAGAAGCAGCGUAUCGAUGAUAUACCCAAGGAGUUGGAAGACGUCCUGGGCAGCGCGGAAUUGCAUCUGAAGAUGCUACGCGUAUAUGCACAACGUGUGCUGGGGCUAUCCAAGUCGCAGCGUCUAGUCAUUGGAAAUGGUCGACUCUACGGGCCGCUCAGCUUCGACGAGAUCUUCGAUAGCGCCGACUUUGCGUUGUUGGCUCGGUACAGCGCCUUGCAGUACGGCGACAAGGUGCGCGACGUGCUCAAGGCAUCGGCCAGCGAUGUGAACAGCGAUUUCAGCAGCGACACCCUGCUCAAGCUAUACGCGAGCCUGCUGCCCCGACAAACCAAGACGCGCUUCAAGCUGCCCAGUGACCUGAAAACGGAUCAUUCUGUGGUGAAACUGCCAGCGAAGGAUGCCAAGCUGCCUCACUUUGAUAUCGUCGCUGUGCUUGACCCCGCCUCGAGAGCGGCGCAGAAGCUCAGCCCGAUCCUAAUACUGCUGCGGCAAACGCUCAACUGUCAGCUGCAUCUGUAUCUGACGCCCGUGGCCCAGCACAGCGAUAUGCCUGUCAAGAAUUUUUAUCGCUAUGUAAUCGAAUCUGAGGUGCAGUUCGAGACGAAUGGCGCACGCGCCGAAGGUCCGCUGGCCAAGUUCAGCGGGCUGCCCGCCAAUCCGCUGCUGACACAGCAGCUGCAGGUGCCCGAGAAUUGGCUGGUGGAGGCGGUGCGCGCUGUCUACGAUCUGGAUAACAUUAAGCUACGCGACAUUGGCGGACCCGUGCACAGUGAAUUCGGUCUGGAGUACCUUCUACUGGAGGGCCAUUGCUUUGAUGCGGCCAGCGGAGCACCGCCGCGUGGCUUGCAAUUGGUGCUGGGCACCAAGUCACAGCCCACACUGGUGGACACCAUUGUGAUGGCCAAUCUGGGCUACUUCCAGUUGAAGGCGAAUCCUGGCGCCUGGACGUUGCGCCUGCGUGAAGGCAAAUCCGCAGACAUUUAUGCCAUUAGCCAUGCGGAGGGACCCAAUACGCUGCAUCAACAAGAAACGGGCGCGGUGCAGGUGCUGAUUACCUCAUUGCGCUCCCACGUAACCAAGUUGCGGGUGUCCAAGCGGCCAGGCAUGCAGCACGCGGAGCUGCUCUCGGAUGACUCAGCGCCAGCGCAGUCUGGCAUCUGGAAUAGCAUUGCGAACAGUUUUGGUAGUAGCAGCGGCACAGCUGGCACGGAUGAGGACGUGGAGACCAUUAAUAUAUUCUCCGUGGCCUCGGGGCAUUUGUAUGAGCGCCUGCUGCGCAUCAUGAUGGUGUCGCUGCUGAAGCACACCAAGUCCCCGGUGAAGUUCUGGUUCCUCAAGAACUAUUUGUCGCCGCAAUUUACGGACUUCCUUCCUCACAUGGCCAAGGAGUAUAAUUUCCAGUAUGAGCUCGUGCAGUACAAGUGGCCGCGUUGGCUGCACCAGCAGACGGAGAAGCAGCGCACCAUCUGGGGCUAUAAGAUCCUCUUCCUGGACGUGCUCUUUCCACUCAACGUGCGCAAGAUUAUCUUUGUGGACGCUGAUGCGAUUGUGCGUGCGGACAUUAAGGAGCUGUACGACAUGGACUUGGGUGGUGCCCCCUAUGCCUAUACGCCAUUCUGUGAUUCUCGCAAGGAAAUGGAAGGCUUCCGAUUCUGGAAGCAGGGCUACUGGCGCAGUCAUCUCAUGGGCCGGCGCUACCAUAUUUCAGCGUUGUACGUCGUGGACUUGAAGCGAUUCCGCAAGAUUGCGGCGGGUGAUCGAUUGCGGGGACAGUAUCAGGCGCUCAGUCAGGAUCCGAAUAGCCUGUCGAAUCUGGAUCAGGAUUUGCCCAACAAUAUGAUACAUCAGGUGGCCAUCAAAUCGCUGCCCGAUGAAUGGCUGUGGUGUCAGACCUGGUGCAGUGAUAGUUCAUUCAAGAACGCCAAGGUCAUCGAUUUGUGCAACAAUCCGCAGACCAAGGAGGCCAAACUUACGGCCGCUCAGCGCAUUGUGCCCGAGUGGAAGGAUUACGAUGCAGAGCUGAAAGCCCUGAUGGCACGCAUCGAGGACCAUGAGAAUCACAAUAUCAGUGGCAACAGGGAAAGUGUGGAUGAGGACGAGGAUGAGCAUGUGGUCAUCAUUACAGAACCGCCGCCACCCGACCAUGUCCAUGGCGAGCUGUGAUCGCAUUCAUUCAUUUGUUUAGUAAAUAUAAGCCUAAUGUCCUUUAUACUUGGUAAAUACGAAAUUAGCUAAGCUUAAAAAAAAUCUAGCAGGCAUAAAAAAGAAAACCGAAAAACGAAACAGCUUCAAGUCUGAGAAGUUUUUGCAUUCCAUUCGCCAUGAUUUGAAUUCAGCUGUAAUAAAUAUAAUAAUUGAAAUAACUGAA